AUUUUUUGUUGUUGUUGAUAGGUAAAUAAGCUGUAUAACGUUCAAUGUAUUAUGUAAUCAAAUGUUCAUUUUCACUGGUGCGUAAAUCAUUUGUCAAAUCAAUGUACUGUGAAGUGACCAAAAAAUAAAAAAGACAAUUUCAAUAAAAAAAAAAUAAAAAAAGACUAUGCUUCCACUUCGACCUUUUUUGCAGAGAUUUCCACCCAGUCCUUCAACGAUCAUGAAACAACAAUUAUGACCGACGGAUAUAACAACGAAGGAAAUGAUGAUUGUACCUACAUCUUAUUACCAAUACUGAUCGGAUCGACAGCGGUCUUAUUUCUGGUUCUUCUUGCCGUGACGAUUUGCUGGAUCAUCCCUCAGAUUUGGAAGCACUUUUCAAGCAAACUUGGGAGUGAUUCACAGAUAAUCCACACAUACUUGGACAUGAGAGGUCGCAGUCCUCAAGAUGAAGAAAACGUGUCGGUAGCGUCAGUUAUAGGCGGUGCCAUGUCACCAGCUCUGACAAGGAAUCAUCCGCAUGAUACGGUAGGACAAUUAGGUGAAAACCCGUCGAAAACCGAUCGUAAUACAAUAAUUUACGAGACCAUUCCUUCAAGCAGUAAUGACAGCAAUGAAAGACACAUUUGGGACAUUGACGAUUUUGGCUAUGUUCUCCCGAAUCCCUCGACCAAUAUGAAAGAAAAUGUUACAUUACUGCAUGAAGAAGAAGAGCUCACUGGCAUCAGCUGUAAAACUUUGCAGGAUGAAGAAGGAUACCUUAUUCUGACAAUGUGAAUGUAUGCUUGUCUAUUAUUGACAAGCAUUGAUUCUGGACCUGUAGGAAGAAUAGAGCCAUCGCAUCAAAGGCUCUGAUUAGAGCAAUUCAGCUUUAUCUUUGUAAACAAUUGUAUUUGUCUUGUCAUUUGUAUGUAUAUCGUGUUGUUUUAUGGAAACAAAAGCCGAACCAAACCAAAACAAUAAUGAAUAAGCGCCUUUAGAACCAAUUGAUUGGAAUGGAAGUAAUAACAGUAAUUUAAGAUUAAAAUAUAACAAUUUCCAUAACAGGUUUUGGCAAGUUGGUCUAUUUA